AUGCCCGAGACGCAGCAGCAAGAGGGUACAAGCAAGUCAACAUUUGUGUCGUGAUACGGACGUUCUUGUCCUCCUUUUGGCACACUGAGAGCAGCUUUGUCAAGAGAUAUGGAUGUUUGCGAGUACAUCAAGACAAAGGCGUUACAUACCAGUUCACAGAAUCACGCUCUCCGAGGAGAAGAGGAAGUCGCUUCUGGCAUUUCAUGCCAUUACUGGCUGUGAUACGACAAGCCAGUUCUAUGGUGUGGGCAAGGCAUCGGCAAGGAAAGUCUUCGAAGAUGCACCUGACCUCUUGGAACACCUUGGAGAAGAAAGCCAAAUCAGUGCUGACGUUCUUGCCAAAGCUGAAGCCUUUGUAUGCAAACUCUACAAUCCUGGAACACAAGAGGUGGAAAUCAACCAAGAAAGAGUAG